AUUUGUCAACAUGUCUUUGGUGAACAGUAUGCCAUAUAAGGAUGAACGUUAAGUGGGUUUCUCACCCAUAUAUGUUGGAAAACUUCUGAGUCCCCAGGUUCUUUCUUAUUCUGCUGCUGCUGUCCUUUAACCAUGAUGCUCCAGGCGGCUGUGUUCGGUGUCCUCUUCUUCUCUGUCCACAGUUUUACUAUACAGGCUUCCUUUGAAAAGCGUGAGGAGAACUUUGGCAACACCACUGAAGAUGACGAUUUCAGUGUGUCCACGCUGUUGGAGAAGGCCAAUGUUAAUCUUGGAAAGAACUUGGAUGACCCUCUGGUGUUAUUCGGAGACAUAGCAGUCCCAACAGGUCUACAGAACGCUGAUCCUUGCACAGCACGUGGUUGCCUGUGGAGGAAAGCCUCCGAUGGCAACGUCUACGUACCCUACCGCAUCUCCAACCAGUACUCCGCGCGCGAGAGAGAAAUCAUCGUCCAAGGCCUGCAGUCCUUUGCUCGGUCCACUUGCAUCCGCUUCACUCCCUUGGCUAACGGACAGAGAGACUUUGUUGACAUCCAGUCUCGCGGAGGGUGUUUCUCAUUUGUUGGGCGUCGUGGUAAUGGUCAGGUGGUGUCUUUGAGUCGCCAGGGCUGUGUUUUCCUAAGCAUUGUCCAACAUGAGCUGCUCCACGCCCUAGGCUUCAACCAUGAACAGACCCGGUCCGACAGGGACCAGCAUGUUCGCAUCCUGCUGCAGAACGUCAUUCGUGGAAUGGAGCACAAUUUCAGGAAGAUCGACACAAGGAACCUUGGCACUCCCUACGACUACGGCUCUGUCAUGCACUACGGAAGGUUUGCCUUCUCUAGUAACAGGCAGCCAACCAUUGUUCCCAUCCCUAACCCAAAUGUGGACAUUGGCAGAGCCAACCAGAUGAGUCCCACUGACAUCCUUCGUGUGAACCGUCUGUAUGGCUGCAAUUCAACUGCUUCCAGACGGGACCUGAAACCUGUGCAAAGAAACCAAUACCUCUAGAAAUGAAAGAAAUCAAGAGAAAAUGAGGCAAAGUGAUGCCACGUACGAGCAAAACCAGAAAGGCAUUAUGUGCUUAACAAAUCUGCUUUCAUUCCAAAUUUGAUCAAAUUUGCUUGCAUGCUUACCUAUUAUGAAAUGUGUCCAAUGACAUCAUUGCAAAUGAGAAAAUGACCUGCUUU